AUGGAUUCGAAACCCCCAAACUUUAAAGCAGGUGAAACCAAUUCAGCUAACAUCUGGCCAAAGUUUAGGCAGUCUUUUGAAGUGUUUUUAGCCACUGCAGACCUGCAGAAUGCUGAUGAAAAACGAAAUUGUUAUCUGUUAUUGCACUGCAUGGGUCAGGAAGACCUAGACAUUUUCAACACACUGGAAUCCAAAUCAAAUGAAGUGGACAAAAUUGAUGUUCUUAUUGUUAAAUUUAAUGACUAUUUUAUGCCCAAAAUUAACGUAACUUACGAAAGGCACAAUUUUUUUAUGAGAAAUCAAAAAACCGGAGAAAAUUUCGAGAAUGACGUGACCAAGCUAAAAUCUCUAUUCAACUCAUGUGAUUUUGGUAAAUUAAAAAAGUCACUGAUAAGAGAUCGCUUGAUUUGUGGGAUUGAGCAUUCCAAAUUGAGAGAAAAACUUCUGACAGAACCUAAUUUAACUCUGAAACUUAGCGAUGGUGAAGGGGUAAGAGUGCAAAGAUUGGAUAAAUCCGAGUGGACACCCGGUAAAGUUAUAAGAAGAUUGGAAAAACCGAGGACUUAUUUAGUGGGACUUGAUAAUGGUGGUGUACUGGAAAGAAACAGAAAAUACCUUAUUAAAGAUUGUGUAAACAGAGAAGUCCCUGAACUAAAAAGUAAACGAAAGACUCUUGAAAAUAAUAGACCGAAACGUGACGUACGUCAGCCACAUAAAUUGUCUGAUUACGUAACUUAA